UUCAAAACCUCACUUCAUUUUGCUCUCUGUCUCGGCCCCUCUCUCUCUUUCUUCCUUUCAUUCACAUAGAUCAAAUUCAAAAACGAACAAAAAAUUCGCUCGUCUGCCAAAUUUAUCCUCAGUCCUCUUCUCUUAGUCACCCACACCAAUCCCUCUCAUUUUCUGCAUCUCUGUUUCUCUCUUGUUUCCUCCGUUUGUCUUGCUCCAAUUGUACACACAAAUACAGAUUCACUCAGAAAUAUAUAACAUACAAAUAUACAUUUACUGUCCGUGGUUUUUUUUUUUACCGGCGGUUGCCAAGAUGAGCGGUGGUGGGUCCAGGGUUUCAAUCCCAACCAGUGCGAGGAAGAUGAUCCAGAACAUCAAGGAGAUCGCUGACCAUCACAGUGACGAGGAGAUUUACGCAAUGCUUAUGGAAUGUUCCAUGGAUCCUAAUGAGACUGCUCAGAAGCUCCUUCUUCAGGACACAUUUCAUGAGGUCAAACGGAAACGUGAGAGGAGAAAAGAGAAUCUGAACAACAAAGAAUCAGCAGAAUCACGAAGAAGGCCAAGCAUUCAGGGGCGAGGUGGCAGGGGUGGUCGAGUGAAUUUGACACCUCGUCUCUUGUCCCAUGAUGCUGGUGGUAGGAGGAAUUCUGAUCCUGGAAAGGAGAAUGGAAUUAACCAAGCUGCAGAAAAGGCUGUCAUUCAAACUCUACCAACUUCUCAGGACACAAAGACUAAAGAUAAAAGUUUGGUAACAAGCUCUGGACCCGUCAUUGCCAAUGGGUACACUGGUGGUACUGAAGAAAGUUUAUCCUCUGUCCCGAUUACUAAUUUGGGAACUGCAACACCUCCUGCUUAUACAAACAAAAAUUCUGUGAGUACCUUUGGAACUGGGGACUUGCAUGGGCAGCCCUCACCAAGCUCCAGUAAUUGCUCAGUAUCAACGAUACCAUCAUCUUCAUCAGCAAUCUGUUUCUCAUCUUUGGACCCUGUACUAGUACCAUCUAAUGAUUCAAGGCUCCCAGGUGCCGUGGGUGCAAUUAAACGUGAAGAAGGGAGCAAUCAACCUCCUGGUGAACCAAAUGCACUUAUCCUUGCAGAGAACAAUACUGCCUUCGAGAUUGGUAGCUCUUCCAUACAAGGAAAGGUGCUGAGCAAAUCCCAAGGAGCUGGAAAAAAUCAGCCUGCUGAGUCUUCACAACCUUCAUCUACAUUAACUCAUAGCAGCUCUUUGGUUAGUCGGCCUUCAUCUAAUUACAACAGCCGACCACAUCAAAUAAUUGGCCCUCAGAAAGUUGGUUCUAAUAAGGAAUGGAAGCCAAAGCCAACAAAUGCUAGUGUUGUUCAAGGUUCCGGAACAGCUGGUGCUACUGGGGCAUCUGAGCUUUGCAUUGUUUCAGUUGAAGCUGCUGAUCAGACACAGCCUGAAACUUGUGUCCUUGAUGUGGAAGAAGCAACUUCAAGGCUGCAGAAGAAGCUUGGAGAGUUAUAUCCUCCACAGCGUCAACCUGUUAUACUUCCAAAUCACAUCCACGUCCCUGAAUCUGAAAGGACCAAGUUGAGUUUUGGAAGUUUUGGUGCUAGUUUUGGAGUUACUACAAGCUAUGUUAGUGGUCCCGAUGGUAACAAGAGCUCCACACCUCUUUCCGAAGCUUCACAAGAUGUUGGAGAACCUGCAGAGGAACAGGCCUCAAGCAAUCAAAAUGCCUUGGAAACUGCCGAGGAGGGAGAUUAUCUUGAUCAUUCCCAAUCACCUACAAAUGGACCUGAAAAUUUAUCAUCUGGUCAUGGUGAUGUGUCAUCCAAUGCAAUCCCAGAGUAUAAUGAAGCCAAACAGAAAACUGCAUUGUCUCUUGAAGGCAAUCAAUUCACAGGGGUUCAUACUUCGCCAAACUACAGUUUUGGUCUUGUGCCUCCAAUGUUAGGGAGUCAGCUUGCACCAUUUGAAAACUCCGAGUCUCAAGCACGUGAUGUUUCCCGUCUUCCAAGCUUUGUUCCGUUUGAUCCCAGCUAUUAUGCCCAAUUCUACCGCACGGGUGCUGAUAGUGAUGGUCGUCUUUCUCCUUUCCUUUCUCCUGGGGUCGCCACCAAGUUCAAUGGGAAUGUUGCAGUAUUGCCUCCAUCAAGUUCUCAGCCUGCUCAAGAGGGUGGCGCCUUGUCUACAGCAAGCCCAACCCUACUGGUGACUCAGGCUGCCAGUCUCAUGCAAAGCUCAAUGGCUAUGACUCAGCAGCCAGUCCCCAUCUAUAGGCCACCUGCUGGGGUUCAUAUAUCCCAUUAUCCUCCAAACUACAUUCCAUAUACACAUUAUUUUUCCCCAUUCUAUGUUCCACCACCAGCCAUUCACCAGUAUCUGGGCAACAGUGCAUUUCCUCAGCAGCCUCAAGCUGGCGGUGUAUAUCCAGCUCCAUCAGCCGCAGCUGCCACUGGGAUCAAAUAUUCACUUCCACAAUACAAACCAGGAACUAACACAGGAAAUCCAGCACAUUUUGGAAUGCCAAGUGGCUAUGGGCCAUACAGCUCCUCCCCAGCUGGUUAUAACCCUUGUUCUACUGCAACCGCAGGAAAUGCAACCAGGAACGAGGAUCUUACUGCAACCCAAUUCAAGGAAAGUAGUGUAUACAUUAGUGGGCAGCAGGGCGAAGGUUCUGCAGUAUGGGUUGCUGCACCUGGGCGAGACAUAUCCAGCAUGCCAACCAGUUCAAUUUAUAACCUUCCACCUCAGGGACAGCAUAUGACUUUUACCCCGACUCAGGCUGGCCAUGGCACCUUUCCUGGUAUCUAUCACCCUGCGCAAGCAGUAACGGCAGCAGUUGUGCACCCACUUCUGCAACAGUCUCAGUCAAUGGCUGAAGCUGUUGAUAUGGUGGGACCAGGUGGCAGUGUUUAUCAGCAGCCUCAGCAAGCACAGAUCAAUUGGUCAACAAGUUUGGAUGGAGGUACACAUAAAGACGAUACAACGCUGACUGGAUUGUGGUGUAAAUCCGCUGAAGGGGGCUGAAAAAGGUGAUGUCCACCUGUAACCGAUAUUGACCACGUUUAAGUUAGUCAAGGUAGGUAUGUGCAGGUAUUCUCUUUCUAGCUGCUGCUAGAUAUUUCACCGUUUUCCCCUUUUAAUAGUACCAAACUUUUCCUCUUUUGUUUUAAAUUCUGAAGUCUUUCGACUCUAGAGUUUAUUGUUGAGUGGUGAGAAUCUCUUUCAUUCUUCUUCUUCUUCUUCUUUUUUGAUGUCUGAGGUGUUAAAAGGUUCUUGGAAGGUAAGAUAUAGGUUGUUGGAGAGACAUUCGUUCCUUUCUUUCAUCUUUCUGCUGUCUUACCUGUAAAGUGAAUUUUGAUAGUAAGCAAAGGAUUUAUGUUAACUAUUAUGUUUUUUUUUUUUUUUUUCCUUCUUAAAACGAAGGCUAACAUGUCAAUUAUUUUGCUUAUCUCAUGUGUCAUUGAUGCUUGCUUCGUAUAUAGAAUUUUGGGGGAAAG